CCACGCUCCUAGCACCAGCGGUGUUACCCAAUAGGUGCUAGGAUUCAAGAUGGCGAUCCUGCCAACUCAUCGUUUCCAAACGAUUCCAAUACAGAGAUCGGGGCUUAGAGUUCGAGAGAAAUACGUAUUAGUUCUUAUAUUUAUAGCUUUUCUAAUGUUAUGUUUUGGAGCGUUUUUUUACGUUCCGGAUUUAAGAGAUAGGACGUAUUUAGAAGAUGCUUAUAAACGCUUCGUAGGCGCUGGGGGCGAAAUUUUUCCACUAAAACCUCCAAAAACUCCAAAAGUUAGAAUUGAAGAUAGUCAAGCAGCUACGAAAUUCUCUAUACCUGCAACUAAAAAAGUUGAUAGAAUUUCAACUGUACUCGUUGAACCUUCCAUACAUAGCAUGCUUAUGAAAGAUAUAAAAGAAGAGAAAGAAAAGUUUAUUGAAGAGCAAAAACGCCAGAAAGAAGCAGCUAAAAAAGCCGAGCUAGAGUCGUUGCUAGCUACCAAACAGACUGGAACAGUUGAGAUAAUCGAUGGUGCUCCACCGGACCCAUUAACAAGACAACGGCGAGACUUCGUGAAAAAGAUGAUGAAACAUGCAUGGAAUGGAUAUGUGACAUAUGCCUGGGGAAGCAAUGAACUCCGACCUAUUAGUCAUACUGGACACUCAGCGUCUAUCUUUGGGCGUGGCUCCAUGGGUGCAACUGUGGUGGAUGCUCUCUCUACAUUGAAAUUGAUGGGGAUGAAUGAGGAAUUUGAACGUGGACGAAAAUGGGUUGCGCAGAAUCUCAAUUUUAACCAGGCAUCUGAUAUCUCUGUUUUUGAGAUGACCAUAAGGUUCCUUGGAGGACUUCUAAGUGCCUACGCUCUGUCAGGCGAGGAGGUGUUUAAAGUGAAAGCCAAGGAGCUUGGAGAUAAGCUCUUACCAGCAUUCAACACACCGACUGGAAUACCCUGGGCUAUGGUCAACCUAGCGAGUGGCAGUGGCCAUAACUGGGGUUGGGCAUCUGGCGGCUGUUCUAUCUUAGCAGAGUUUGGUACCCUGCACCUUGAGUUUGUCUACCUUUCACACAUCACUGGCAACCAAGUGUAUGCCAAAAAGGUCCAUCGAGUUCGUGAAGUUGUGGAUCAGGUGCAAAAGCCGAAUGGGCUCUAUCCGAACUAUCUGAAUCCUCGCACUGGAGUUUGGGGCUCACAACAUGUGUCUCUCGGAGCCCUCGGUGAUAGUUUCUACGAAUACCUUCUCAAGUCCUGGAUAAUGUCAGGGAAGAUGGACAAAAAAGCGAGAGACAUGUACGACAAGGCAGUGGAGGCAAUCGAGAGAAUGCUUGUCCAACGUUCUCGGAAGUCCAACCUGACAUACCUGGCGGAGUAUAAGUAUGGUCGGCUUGAGCAUAAGAUGGAUCACCUGGCCUGUUUCACGGCUGGAAUGUUCGCUUUGGGAGCAAAAGAAUCCAAGAACGAAAAGCAUUACUUACAACUUGGUGCUGAGUUGGCCAACACGUGCCAUGAGGCAUACAAGCGUACAGCGACUGGUAUCGGACCUGAGUCCUUCAGAUUCGAGGGGAAUGCGGAGGCUGUAGCUAUUCGUAACAACGAGCGCUACUACAUUCUCAGGCCUGAAGUAAUCGAGGGCUGGUUUUAUAUGUGGCGUUUUACACGGGACACAAAGUACAGAGACUGGGCUUGGGAAGCUGCUCAGAAUAUAGAGAAGCAUUGUCGCGUGGACGGAGGCUACAGUGGUAUCCGUGACGUCACCAACCCAAACGUCGCUCAUGACGAUGUCCAGCAGAGUUUCUUCUUAGCGGAGACACUAAAAUACCUCUACAUGAUAUUUUCUGAUGACUCCCUUCUGCCAUUGGACAAAUGGGUGAUCAACACCGAGGCACACCCCCUGCCUGUCAUAGGCAAAGCUGAGCUUCCAGGGGGGGUUCAUAGCUAGGAGAUCGCUGGCGUUUCUCCUUAAGAGACACGUCCCUCUAAUGAAGGCGCCUAUCCCGCCUGUCAAACGUCAACUUGAUUCUUACUCUUCUCCGGAACAAAUCAUGAACACACCCUGCCUUGUUCUGGGUAAAGCUAAGACUCCAGGGGGUGAGGGGAAAUAAGGGUUCGCACUCCGUGUAUCACAACCCUGACUGAAAAGUCAACCUGGUAAUUUCUGAUUACUGUUUCACCUGCACAAAUAAUUGGUCAACAUCAAGACAUACCCAUAAAUCAAGGCUUCGGCAAGGGUAUCUAUGACAUUCGUCUUGUAAAGACGUGACGAAAAAACAUGACGUGACGCUUCAAAUAAGCCCAUUUCACAUCGAAUAUGGCGGAGAAUUUCCCUGAGUACUUAGUAACUUAUAGCAAACAAAAUAUCAAGUGCGACUUUUUUUUUUAAAUUGAUGC